UUUUUGGCGUGGGAGUCGUAGAGGCACGAAUGAAAAGAUACAUGCUGACGUGGCAUAUCUUUUGCCUCCACUUGGCAAUUUUUUGGAGAUUUGGUGUCAACCGAAGUGUGGUGGCACCCCAUCAACACAAAGGCUUGUCGUCUUCACUAAUCUGCUAGCUCGCUCCCCGAUACCCUCUGUUCUGUACCAGUACAACAUCACUGAUUUCUAGUCCUUGCCCACACAGUCCUAGCCAGCGUGAAAGAAAAUGAAUCAUUCUUGGGUCGCCAUCUUGCUCCUCCUGUGUUUGGGUUGGACAUCAGCAACGAUUGGGCCGCAUCCCACAUUCACCAAAACGCCUACAGAAUGCCCAUCUGCUUUUGGUUUGGCAAAUGUUGUGACUUGUCCCCGUGGUGGGGAAGUCACCUUGGCCAGCGCCGACGACGUUGAAGCGGCCAUUCUCAAAGCCGGCGCUGACCAAACAUUGGUUGUAAUUGAUUUCACAGCCAGUUGGUGUGGACCAUGCCAACAAAUUGCUCCUAUUUACAAGCAGCUUAGUGAGGAGCACCCUGAUGUAGUUUUCCUGAAGGUCGACGUAGACGAGAAUCCCGAAACUGCCGCCAAAUAUAGUGUUAGCGCCAUGCCAACUUUUGUGUUUAUCAAGGGAGGAGAAGUUGUGGAACGCCUCAUGGGAGCCAACCCAGGACGUCUCGAAGAAAUGAUCAGCGAGCUCAAGUAGGAGCUGGGGAGUAAACCUGCUGGUUUCUCUGCAUCCUUGGCCCCUAGCGAUUGAUCAUUGGGUGGCCCGAAGCGAUUAGGACUAAAACAACCACGACGACGUCGUUAAAGAUAAACAAGCGAAACACCCCAAACUAGCAAACGAGCUCAAUGGAUUAGCCCUCAGCAACUUGACUGCUUUUAAAUAAUUGUUAGGGGGCAAA